CCUUUCCCGUCCCCACCCCCCCACCCCGGCCGCUCUGCUCCCUGGCGUGACUCGGCACUGAGAGUCCCGGGGAAGACGCCGCGGUCGCCACCUCCUGUGAUCAGGCCUCGGCCUUCCUGAGCCUCCCGCUCUUCCUCUCCCGGGUCGCCUUCUUCAGUUUUGAAGCCGGUGGCGUCGCGGCCGCCCUGCCGGGCUGAGAAUGGUGGGAGUGAAGCCGGUCGGGAGCGACCCGGAUUUCCAGCCGGAGCUGAGCGGCGCGGGCUCCAGACUCGCCGUGGUCAAGUUCACCAUGCGAGGGUGUGGACCAUGUUUAAGGAUUGCCCCAGCAUUCAGUUCUAUGAGUAAUAAGUAUCCACAGGCAGUUUUCUUGGAAGUAGAUGUACAUCAGUGUCAGGGAACAGCUGCCACCAACAAUAUAUCAGCAACACCUACAUUUCUGUUUUUUCGAAACAAAGUGAGAAUUGAUCAAUAUCAAGGAGCAGAUGCUGUUGGAUUAGAAGAAAAAAUCAAGCAGCACUUAGAAAAUGACCCUGGAAGCAAUGAGGACACAGAUAUUCCAAAAGGCUAUAUGGAUUUAAUGCCUUUUAUUAACAAAGCUGGCUGUGAAUGUCUUAACGAAAGUGACGAGCAUGGAUUUGACAACUGUUUACGAAAAGAUAUGACCUUCUUGGAAUCUGAUUGUGAUGAACAGCUUCUCAUUACUGUGGCAUUUAAUCAACCUGUUAAGCUUUAUUCAAUGAAAUUUCAAGGGCCAGAUAAUGGUCAGGGUCCUAAAUAUGUAAAAAUUUUUAUCAAUCUACCCCGAUCUAUGGAUUUUGAAGAAGCAGAAAGAAGUGAACCAACUCAAGCUCUGGAACUAACAGAGGAUGAUAUUAAAGAAGAUGGUAUUGUCCCACUUCGUUACGUUAAAUUUCAGAAUGUUAACAGUGUAACUAUAUUUGUUCAGUCCAAUCAAGGUGAAGAGGAAACAACAAGAAUUUCAUAUUUUACUUUUAUUGGUACACCAGUCCAGGCAACAAAUAUGAAUGACUUCAAACGAGGUGACUCCUAAGAUCUUACAACCACAGAUCAGGGCAGUGCCACCGAGAGCUUGAUCAGAACAGAACCCAGUAGCCAUACACAGAUUAAGUGCAGCAGCACAGGAGAUGGAGGUAUCACUGUGUUUCCGAUGGAUCCUUGGCAGCCAUCUAGAAUGGGAAGUGAGUGUAAGGAGGUCAUUAUAUGACAGGAGGUUUCCCCAGGACUGCCAGUGCCUGGAGGAAGAGGUGUUCUGCUGAACGAUUUCGACUCCUGUUUGGGGACCAGAAGCCAUGGGGCACCCUGAAAACUCUUAUUCUUUUUGAUGGGAUCUACAGAUCUAAUUUUAAUUCAGUUACAGAAAAAUUCACGAAACUGCGUCAUUGUGGAUAAGCUUAUAAGAUUGUAUGCCGUUUUUACAAAAUUGAUAACCUUGACCAUAGAUCUUUUAACUGGUCAUUUUCGACUACUAUAUCUUCCUGUCUCAUAACAUAAUUAACUUUUGGGAGCUGUAGGACAAUUAUGUACUUAGACCUGUCAUGUCAGAUGUUUGACAUAUGUGUAAUGACAGGUCAGAAGAAGCAGAGAUUAAACAUCUACAUUUUUAUGAUAUGAGAUAUGCUGUACUGGGAAAAUGUGUGAGCACCAAAGACAUUUUGGCUGCCUGCUUUGUUACUUUGCCUGUUUGGAUUAAAUGCCAUUGGAUUUGGCUUUAACUGCCUUGCAUAGUUUGUUUUUAGCUUAAUUCCUUCGUAAGAUCUACUCUAAGCCAUAUUAUUUCCUCAUACCAUUAAUUCAGUUCAGGUUCCCUGCUUUUCACCUCAGCUCAUGCUAUUUGAUUUCUAUUUUUUUCUGUAAGUAACCACUGCUCCAUCUUGACCAUCUUCUUACCAGCCUGCCCUUCAGUCAAGUUU